GACGAGGAAGCCGACGUGUAUGACGACGAUCAUGUCGUGCAAUCAAACUGCAUUGCAGCUACACUGCUGAUAAUGACUUAUAAAAGUGAGUUACUGUUAGUCUAAUAGCUCACUCAUUCCUCAACCCGCCACGGUGUUAAUUACGAGCGAAAAUGGCCGAAAAGAGAGUUAUUGUCACUAGAACUGUCGAGCGUGUGUCUUCGGAUCAACCUAUGGGACAGAGGCGAAUAGUGAAGACCGUAACGACUAAAACUUCAGGAGGGGGAGGAGAUCUGACUCAAGAUUUGCUCUCUAAAUUUGGAGAUUUUGAUAUAUCGGAAAAGAAGACUUCGCACGUUCGUACGUUUCACUACGUGACAAAAGAGGGAACCGUUACCAAAACAGUAAGCAGUUCCGAUUCGGUUGAUGUUCCAGUAACUCAAAUGGUAACUCGAAGUCCUCAGAGCAGUCCUGUGAAAACAGUUCAAACUAAAUCGAGUCCCGUUCGAGUACAGAAAACAGAACCCGUUUCCAAUACGUCAUCCGUAGAGUCUUCGGGAGAUUUCGCCCAGGAUUGCCUCCAGUGGCACAACCACUACAGAACCAUUCACGGAGUUCCACCUUUAAAAUUAUCAAAGGAACUCUGUCGUUAUGCAGAAGAGUGGGCCAAGAACAUUGCUGCAAGUGAAAACUUUAGACAUCGCCCAAAUAAUAAAUAUGGUGAGAAUAUUUAUAUGGAAUGGAGCUCGAAUCCAAAUAGUCAAGUUUCAGGUCAAAAAGCUGUUGACAGUUGGUACAGUGAAAUUAAAUUUCACCAGUUUGGAAGAGAACCAACCAGUUUGAAGUCAGGGCAUUUUACACAAGUAAUUUGGAAGGAAUCCAAAGAAUUAGGUGUGGCCUACAGUCGCAGCAAAAGUGGGAAGAUAUUUGUGGUAGCCAAUUAUAAUCCAGCUGGCAAUAUGUUAGGGAGUUUUAAAAAUAAUGUUCCUGCACCUGCCAACUAAAAAUUUCCCAAUUAAACAAUACAUUCCAAUAUUUCCAAUUUAACUAUCCCAGAUAUUCCAUUAUACUCUAGUCAUACAUAUUUUAUUGUUAAAUAAUUAGUUUUCAUGCAGCACGUUCACUUCAUAUUAUGUUGCAUUUUGUUAAUGUAAUAAUGGACCCUUGAAACACUUUCAUGUAUUACCUUUUUAUUGUGAUUUUUCCUAAAGACACUUCCCAAAAGUUAUUGUUUUGUUAAUUGCCAUGUUAUCAAGAUGUAAAUAAUUUAUAAAAAAAAAAAAAAAAGUUAUAAAAUGUUCUUUCAACUAUUUUGGAAUGUUAACAUGCAAUAUUCAAAAUUUAGCUAACUUAAUGAAAAUAUUUGUAUACAAUAAGUCAAGUACUUCCUAAAAAAAAUAUAUAUAUAUAUGAAAUGUUUUGAUGAAUUAUAACUCAGGGAAGAAAGUUUGUUAUGAGCUAUUUAUAUAUUUUAGUUAUAAAUAACAAGUGCUGAAGGUAAAUAAAAGUCUUACAAAAUAUUAA